UUCAUCAGCAUAGCCAGUCCAGCUGAAAGCUCUAUUUCCCUUACCUAACCACAAAUAAUGGCAAUGAAGAUUCCUCCCAGUAAACUUAUUUUCUUAUCUACAAUGAUAACUCUGUCGCACGUGGCAAUCAAGACAUCGCACGUGCAAGGCCAUGCACGGAUGCCCCCGUCAACUCUCAAGAGCUAUAAAUACAAAAGCAGAGCAUUGGUCAUAAUGAAUACCAACUCUACAACUACUCCGCAAUUCUCAGUUGAUCGGAAAAUGGAAGAUUCCAUUGAUGCAGCCAAGCUUCGCGAUGAAUUUCUCCAGGUUCUUCGCAGCCGUCGAACUGCAGAAGUUCCUCUUUCUGUUGAACCUGCUCAUCCAGUGCGAGAUCCACUGUAUCAGGAAACUCCAAAGCCAACCUUUAGCAAGGCAAUGGAGUCUGCUCCAAAGAAAAAAAUUCCAAAUUUUAAGAAACUUCUUCAAGAGGAGAAUUUGUACCUGAUUACCGAGAAAGGAGAUCAAGGACGUCUGCCGGUUUUGAUAUUGAGUAUGAAAGAAAGCUGCAAAAAAAGAAGACCAGCUAUUGUCUUUCUACAUAGCACAAAUAAAUGCAAGGAGUGGUUGCGGCCGUUGCUUGAGGCAUAUGCCUCAAGGGAUUACAUUGCAAUAGCCAUUGAUUCUCGAUAUCAUGGAGAGCGUGCCAGCAGCCUGACAACCUAUAGAGAUGCUCUGGUGUCAUCAUGGAAGAAAGGAAAUACGAUGCCAUUUAUUUUUGACACGGUGUGGGACUUGAUAAAAUUGGCAGAUUAUCUUACACAAAGGGAGGAUGUAGACCCAUCCAGAAUAGGAAUUACUGGAGAAUCACUUGGAGGAAUGCAUGCAUGGUUUGCAGCUGCUGCUGAUACUCGCUAUUCAGUGGUUGUCCCUAUAAUUGGUGUUCAGGGAUUUCGAUGGGCAAUUGAACAUGACAAGUGGCAAGCUCGAGUUGACAGUAUCAAGGCUGUAUUUGAAGAAGCACGGAUUGAUUUAGGCAAGAGCUCCAUUGAUAAAGUAGUAGUGGAGAAGGUCUGGGACAGAAUAGCUCCUGGUUUGGCCUCUCAGUUUGAUUCGCCUUACACAAUUCCAGCCAUUGCCCCUCGUCCUCUCCUGAUUUUAAAUGGCAAGGAAGAUCCUCGUUGUCCAAUUGAUGGCUUGGAACUCCCAGAAUCAAGAGCCAGAAAAGCUUACGAAAAUUCCAGUUGUCUUGAAAAUUUCGAGGUGGUAGCAGAACCGGGAAUUGGGCAUCAGAUGACACCUUUGAUGGUCAAAAGAGCCAGUAAGUGGUUCGAUAAGUUCCUCAAUCCAUAAGCUGUAAGGCUGACUUCGUAUAUGGUUUCUAUAUGCUGUAAUGUUUGAGUCUCUUAAAGAUAUUGAAAGAUAGUCAUAAUGUUUACGUUAUUGUUCUAAUAAUUGUGUGACUCUGUAAUUAAUAGAACUUUCUCCUUAUUUUCUUU